GGCUUUUGAAUUUGAUGAUUAAUGACAUGAUCCAUCCUUAAUCUGUACAGCUAUAAAAACGGACUACAUAUGCGGGUCUGAGAACUAUUCCCCCCACAUCACACAAUAUUCCUUUUUCUCCUAUGUCUCUAAGAAAGGAAAACCCUCCUAGUAGUGUCCUAGGUCUUGCAUCUCAUCAGUCUGCUAUGUACUCUGAAACCCACACAUAUGACUAUGAGAAGAAAUAUCCAUCUGACCCCUUGGGUGAGGAGGUGAAGGAAAAUGCCCGUUUUUGGAAAGUGUAUCUGGAUGAAGCUGAGCACUAUGAUGAUGAAAUGCUUGGAGGAUUUAAAGACACUAUUGAUUCUUUGCUGGUAUUUGCAGCACUCUUCUCUGGCGUUGUGACAACCUUUGUCACUGUCACUAUAACUGCAUUCCAGCCAAACUAUUCCCAAACCACUGCAACAUUGCUAGUGGAACAGGUCCAGCUCCUUAGAGCUGCUGGAAACCUCACUGCAAUCAAUGCUAUCCCUUCAACUACACUGAAUCCUGAUGAUGCAUCACCUGGAACUAAUGAUAUUUGGAUCAAUGGCUUGUUCUUUGCAAGUCUGUCACUUGCUCUUGCCACUGCUCUUUUAUCAGUUUUGGUUAAACAGUGGUUACAAGCUUAUAGCUCAAUGUCAUUUGGAAAUGCCAAAGAAAAAGCAUUGAUCCGCCAGUAUAGAAUUGCAGGGUUUGAGAAAUGGCAGGUUCCUGAGAUAAUUGGAACUUUACCACUCAUCUUGCAUGCAUCUCUUGCCUUGUUCCUUAUAGGCCUGUCAUUUUAUGGCAUUCACAAUGUAUUUUGGGAGCAUUUUACUUCCCUCAAUUUGGCUUGA